AUGCCCAGCAUCCUGUCUUCCAGGUCACUAACUGGGUCACCGGACCCUCAGAACGUAGGGUUUCUCCCAUCCCCAGGUUUCCCUCCCGAGCCGCGGGGCGUGCCGUUCUUCGCACCCCUCAAGAAGAAAAAGUCACCCAAAGCCACCACCAUGCCGAGCAGUGAGAAGCGUUCCGUAUCCGGGGCUUUCCGCGGGUUCCGCCGACACAGCGACAAAUCAACGCCAGUGACAACACCACCCGUCUCAGCAGCGUCGGCCAGCCCGCCAAUCCCCGACCUCAACAACACGUCAGAUCUCAUCUCAUUCCCCAAGGUAUACGAAGAGGCAUGGGGCGGGCCGGAGGUAAACCGUACCGAGCUGGAGCGGGCACGCAUCUUCCUCCUGCGCAUGGGCGUCAUGGUGAUCGACGGGCAGGCCAAGAUGGCGGAGAUGCGCGCCAUCGUGGGCGAUGAGACCAACCGCACUGUCCCGGGCAUCGCGUGGGCCAUCCAGAUGCGCAUCUACGGCAACCGGCACGCCGACUUCGCCGCGACCCCCUUGCUGCAGGCGGUCCGCUUCAUGCUCAUCAAGGCGCGCGUGCCCCAGAGCGGCUUCACCGACCGGUCGCGGGCCGUGCUCGACUUCUUCUUCGACCCGACCCUGCACCGCGACGUGCAGCCGCCGCCACCGGGCGAGAUGGUGCGCUACCCGUACCCGUCCGGCCGCCUGCGCGUGUGCAUCAUCGGCGGCGGGCCCACGGGCCUGGCGUCGGCCAUCUCCCUCGCCGAAAAGGGCCAGGGCCGCGUCGAGGUCCACGUCUGGGAGCGCCGUUGGGUCGUCACCGACACGGGCACCGUCGACUACCCGCCCACCGCCCGCCGCCGCGACCAGGUCGUCACCCUGCAGGACUCGGUCACCACCCUGCUCACCCCGCGCACCUUUGAGGCCCUGUUCGAGGGCCACCCGGAGCGCGUGUGGCCCGGCUCCGCCAACAUCCAGAUCCGCAAGGUCGAGGACCGCCUGCUGAGCCGCUGCCAGACCGACGAGUUCCACGGCUUGAUCCACUUGCAUGCCGAGGGCGUCACGCGGGAAGAGCUGGCCGCGGGCAAGUGUGGCGACUUCCAUGUGUUGCUGGGCACUGACGGCGCCGCGUCGUGGGUUCGCGGGAACUACUUCCGUGGGUAUGAGAAGGAGCGCGGGAGGAGCUACGCGCUUGGUCUGGCGUUUGAUCGGGGAUCCAAGGGGGGUUUGCCCUGGACCCAGUCGCUCAACAUGUUUUUGACCCUGGGCCAGACGCGGUACCUGUUGAAUGCUAGUGACUUUGAUGGGCGGGGGUACCUCAACAUGCAGUUGACCGAGGAGGAGUGGGAUAAGAUGGUGGGUGUCGAUGGGAAGCCUAUCCAUUUCGGCAGCCCGGCUUGUUUCCGUCGCCCUGAUGGGACUAUUCCGGAAGGGUUUGAGCCCGGGCGUGUGUUUGCACCGUCGGAGGAUCGGAACUCGCCCCUUUGGAAGUCUAUCGAGGACGGGCUGAAGCUGUUUGGCUUUAAGGAGGAGGAAGUGAUCAACCUGGUGCGCAUUCCCAUCGUCGUCCAGGCGGUGCGGGAGGGUGUGCAACCCUUACCCCUGGAAGAUUCGCGGUUCGUUGCUCGCCCGCAUGCUCUUGUGGCUGUGGCCGGUGACGCCGCCAUGACUGUGCAUUUCUGGCCGGGCCGUGGCCUGAACAGCGGUAUCAAGGCCGGUCUUGCCCUGGGCGACGAGAUCUGCCAUGCGCUCAAGAGUGGCAAGUUUGCGGGACUCCAGAUCAGCGCCAUGAAAGAGUACAACGAUUUUAUCAUGAAAUUGCAGGGCCGUGAGCAUGACAAGCGCAGUAUUCCUAUCCUGAACCAGUCUGGAUCCCCCGAGAUGCUGGGUUGGUUGUUGAAGAAGGCACAGGCUGUGCCGGACGAGGUUGCUAUCGAAUGGUUGGUGGGUGCCAUGACACAGAUUGCCGACCGCCUGGAGCUCCGUGACGACUGGUACUUCCCCCACGAAUCCAACAUCGAAGCCCAGAUCCGCAUCAUCCUGCGCCAACUCAACAGCCUAACCCUCCGAGAAAUGGCUGUCAGUUUUCCCUGGCCCACCCGCGAGAUGGCCGGCGCCGAGGUCCUGCCCAUCCGCUCCAUGCGCCCCGAAGAGAAGCGCAAGUGGCUCCAACAACUCUGGAGCCUUGUGAAAGACGAGAAGAGCAAAGACUCAGCCCGCGGCCGAGAACGAUCUACAUCCACAUCCAACGCACGGUUCGAGGCACCCCGUCCGCGAUCCAAGUCACCCCUCCCCCCUCGCGGCCAGAGUCCACGGCCGGAAACACCGCCGCCACCAGCCUUCGUCGGCGGCCCGGUCCCGCAAAUGCCCUCGGUCGCGCCCGUCGCCCAGCUCGAGUCUCUCAACCUCAACCCACUCGCAAGCCACCGCCGGUCUCUCUCCCCCACUCCAGGCUCGCUCCGCCGGAGCAACGCGACCAACGCGGUCCGACGCGCGUCCCAGUCGGGAAUGCCUCCGGGAGUGGGGAUGGGAGUGGGAGUGGGAGCGGGAACGGCGGCCGCGAUCCCGCCCCACGUCGUCGGCCCCGAGCGGCCGAGGCGGUUCAGCAACUCGCGCACGCUGGCGGUGCCGACAGCAGGGAUGGAUGGGAGCUUGAACUACUCAUAUCUGAGCGAUGGAGAGGAUUAUGUGAGCAGUGGGGAUGAGAGGUACCCGCGGUCGACGCCGUCCACGACGCCGGGCUCGUCGUCGCCGGCGAGUAGGGGGGAUGGAGGGUUGACGAGGCUGUUGAGUGUUAGGAAGCCGAAUGACUCGUUCUUGGCGGAUGCUAUGUCGUUGGCGCUGUUUAGGGUUAAUGAGGAUUGA